AAAGAUGAAAGUUUUGUUUGCUAUUUAGUUUCGGCCGUUAUAACAAUUCAAUUAAAAGUGAAGUUCGAUGUCGUUUUACAUCUACGUAUUGUUUAGACAAAUUAUUCUUUUUGGUAUAUAUCUUUUAGUUAGGAUAUUUCAUAUAUCAUCUUUGUUGUGAGUCUUAGCUUAGAUUCAGAGAGUUGGAGAUAGGAAUUAUAUUUGUAGCUUUCGUGUUGCGUUUCUCGAUUGUUCGUAUUGUUUACUACACUUGAAGAAUAAGAAUUGUCUUUCAAUAGAGCACUUACAAACACAGACGGAGUAACUAAUGAAUCGAGUUUGUGUCAUUAUUCAAUGAAUUUAAAUUCUUUAAAGUUUUGACUCUAUUUGGAUCUACGAUUAAAGAUUGUGAUUUUUGGUGCAAUAAUCAUUUUUAUGAUUUGUAGACGUCACCCAAAAUUAGAAAGAAAGGAGGGAAAUAAAAAUAGAAAUAAGGCAGCCUAUUUCAGGACUACAAGGUAAAUUAACCUUCUCUUCAAUUAUUCAUUUUCUUUCUUCAAUUAUUCAUUUUCUUUACUGUUUUUCAAUCAUUCGCAUUCUUCCCUCUUGGUGAGAAUGAAGGUGACUGCUUUAGUUUUCCUCGUCACUUUCAUUUCCUUAGCUGCGAACUCAGCACUGAGCAUCAGAUUUCCGGAUCGGAUCUCCAAUGACCCAAAUCAAGGAUCCGAUCAUCCCCUUAAAACUGCGGUUUUCGCUCUCGGCAGCUUUUGGAGGUCGGAGGCGACGUUUGGAUGCCAAAACGGCGUCGUCAGAACCACCGCUGGUUAUGCCGGCGGAUCUAGGCCUAAUCCCGAGUACCGAAGCUUAGGCGACCAUGCGGAGUCCGUGCAGGUAGAAUACGAUCCCAGGAUUACAAGUUUCCGAGAACUACUUGAUGUCUUUUGGAGUAGUCAUGAUUCUAGGCAAGUGUUCGGGCAAGGUCCUGAUGUUGGGAAUCAAUACAGGUCUUUAAUCUUUACAAACAGCACUGAAGAAUCUAGGAUUGCUGCUCUCAGCAAAGAAAAGGAGCAAACACGAUCAAAGACCAGUGUUAUUACCACUCAAAUUCAACAGCUAGUAGUAUUUUAUCCUGCGGAGCCAGAACAUCAGAAAUUUGAGCUUAAACGCAAUCCUUUUCUUCUUCAAUUGAUUGGAAACUUGUCCGAGGAAGAUCUUGAGAGGUCCAACCUAGCAACAAAACUGAAUGGAUAUGCAGCAGAGCUUUGUCCCCCUAGGUUGCAGAGGCAGAUUGACGCCAAGAUCAAUGACAUCGUAAGAAAAGGCUGGCCAAUUCUAAGGGAGAUCUAACUCGACAUUGCUCUAAAUCCUCGAGUUUACAGAUCAAAACCGCUCAUGCGGUGCUCUAAUUUGAGCCGACAUUCAUAAGCUGACGGCAUUCUCUUCGUUGAUGAGACCUUGGUCGACAUGGCCGAAGCUGAUUAGUUCAAUGCUAGCCCACUGCUGAGUGAGUGAGGCUAGUGCCAUUGUUGUUGGAGGGACUGGGACUGGGACUGCUGGCGGAUGCUUGAUCGAUUGUAAUAGAUGUGUCAUUGAUCGCUGCUAGAUAGGUAGAAAAUAGUCUUUGCUAAUCUAUUAAUCAUUUUGAUGAAUCGAUUAAUUUUGAAUUUAUUUGAUCAUUUUAUCUAUGUUUUAUCAA